ACUUACGUCUAAAAAUCGGUAAGACAACCAUCGCGGUAACAUUCGAGCAUGCUAACGAGCGUACAAUCAAUCUCACUUUGGGCCUCGACAACCGAAUAGAGUGCGAGUCUUCGUACCAAGGAAUCGCGCAUCCGCGCGCGCAUGGCGGGCGCCGCGAGCAUGGGGCAGAAUUCAAACGCGCUGAACAGGUAGUCGCCUGCAGAACAAUCGGACAAGUAUAACACAAGGCGCUCACUAACCGUGAGCGAAGCUUCUUUGUCUGUGCUGCAUUGUUGCUGGUCGGUAGCUGCCGCGUAUCCGUCCGGUGUGACACGCACGCGACGCUUCGAUCGGUUUCCGCGCGACUAACGAUCGCGCAAGCUCGCGGCAGGGUUCGCCGCGCAUGCUCGUCGAUUGGCGGAACAGUGGGGGUGCGCAGCCAGAUCGUUGAUUGGCGGAGAGGUCCGAUCGAGAGACGAGACGAAAGGCAGUCGGCCAGUGGCAAGUAUGGGGAGAGCACGUGUCGUUUGGAUCGGUGCGCGCGACUCGGUAGCCUCGUACUCCGUCGACUCUACUACUGUCACCAGUCAGACGAACAUCGUCGCCAGCACCAGCAGCAGCGUCGCCAUCGAGCAGAAACCUUUCGAUACCAUCAUUGCGGACGGCCGGGACACGAAGUAUCGCCCGUGGCAAGUACCUGCAACCAGUGCCGUGCACGCGAAUGCGAGAUACAUCAGCGCACGUCGCCGGCCCGUCACGAUGCUACUCGCGGUGAUCGCGUUCCUCGCCGCCGGCACCAGUGCCGAGGUAUUCACCAACACGUUUCUCGUGAAGAUGCGCCAGCCCGCGGAGCGACACGUCGCUGAUCGCGUGGCCGCCAGGAACGGGUUCGUCAAUCUGGGACCGGUUCUGGGCAGUCAGACGGAAUACCAUUUCGUGCACAGAGCUCUGCCGCACGCGCGCAGCAAACGUUCGGUGCCGCACACGAGAAGGUUGAAGGUGGAUCCCAUGGUGCAUACAGCGGUGCAACAGCCAGGGUUCAAGCGAGUGAAGCGAGGCUACAAACCUCUGAGCGUCGACAACCUCGUGCCUCUGUACCAGAUGAAGAACCCGUGGAAUCCUGGGAACAGAGACCCGUCUGAUCCGUAUUUUCAAUACCAAUGGUACCUGAAGAACACGGGUCAGAACGGGGGCAAGCCGAAGCUGGACCUGAACGUGAAGGCAGCGUGGGCGCAGGGUGUUACUGGAAAGAACGUGACCACGGCUAUUAUGGACGACGGUGUCGACUACAUGCAUCCGGACUUGAAGUAUAAUUACAAUGCCAAGGCUUCCUACGACUUCAGCAGUAAUGAUCCUUAUCCGUAUCCGAGAUACACCGAUGACUGGUUCAAUAGCCAUGGGACCAGGUGCGCGGGCGAGGUGGCAGCAGCCCGGGACAACGGCGUGUGCGGCGUGGGCGUCGCGUACGACUCGAAAGUGGCCGGCAUCCGAAUGCUGGAUCAGCCUUACAUGACCGACUUGAUCGAGGCGAACAGCAUGGGACACGAACCUGACCUCAUCGACAUUUAUAGCGCCUCGUGGGGACCGACGGACGACGGGAAGACCGUCGACGGUCCAAGGAACGCGACCAUGAGGGCGAUCGUGCGCGGAGUUAACGAGGGGCGGCGAGGUCUGGGAAAUAUUUACGUGUGGGCGUCAGGGGACGGUGGCGAGGAGGACGACUGCAAUUGCGACGGAUACGCGGCCAGCAUGUGGACUGUCAGCAUUAACAGCGCCAUCAACGACGGCCAGAACGCGCAUUACGACGAGAGCUGUUCGAGCACCCUCGCUUCGACGUUCAGCAACGGCGCCAAGGACCCUAAAAUUGGCGUGGCCACCACUGACCUCUACGGGGAAUGCACCAGGACGCACAGCGGGACGUCAGCCGCUGCACCGGAAGCCGCCGGCGUAUUUGCUCUGGCCCUUGAAGCUAAUCCUCAGUUGACUUGGAGGGACAUCCAGCAUCUGACUGUGCUCACGUCGAAAAGGAACUCGCUGUUCGAUGCCAAAGGGAGAUUCCACUGGACGAUGAACGGAGUCGGUCUCGAGUUCAACCAUCUGUUCGGCUACGGGGUUCUAGACGCUGGUGCCAUGGUGGCCUUGGCCAGCAAAUGGAAGACCGUGCCGCCGAGGAACCACUGCGAGGCCGGUUCCGUUUCCGAGACCGAGGAAGUGACGAGCGACCGUUCGAUUUUACUGAAGAUAAAGACUGAUGCCUGCGCCGGCACAGAGUAUGCGGUCAACUAUCUGGAACAUGUGCAGGCUGUCAUAUCCGUGAACGCGACCAGGCGGGGCGAUCUCGAGCUUUUCUUGACUUCGCCGAUGGGCACCAGGUCGAUGAUUCUGAGCCGAAGGGUCAAGGACGACGACCACAGGGAUGGCUUCACGAAAUGGCCCUUCAUGACGACUCAUACUUGGGGAGAGUACCCACAGGGAACCUGGUUGUUGGAGGUGAGCUUCAACACGCAGACACCUCAGCACGGCUGGUUCCGCGAGUGGACCCUGAUGUUGCACGGCACCAGGGAGCCGCCGUACACCGGCCUGCCAGCAGCCGACCCUCAUUCGAAGCUGGCGAUCGUGAAGAAAGCCCACGAGGAGCGGUCGACAGCGAUGUAACACCGUGUUUGCCGACAAGAGAUACGAAUCCACGCGACCGCGCUCCGUCUUUCCGAUUAAUUUGUCCAGCAGCUUCGUGUUCUCGACGGCACCCCUUGCGUCUCUGUCAAGUUACGUUCCGUGUGUACAGGCAGCCGCGUCUCUCUGAACCCCCUGUGAUAUAUGGUUUCGCCGUUCAGCUUGUCGUUGUCGUUCGUUUUCUUAUCCAAACAGACCGCGGAGGAUCGCAGUCGUUCCUCGCCGACGGACGUCGACCCGGUUGCGAGGAAAGAGGGCGCCUCUAGUCGAUUGAAUGUUCCUGGGUGUCCUGUCGGGUCGGCGUCCCUCGGCCACGCUCGUCGUUCAUCGUCGAUCGCCGGCGAACCGAUUUUCCGUGAACCGUUCGCGUCGAUUCUGGAGAAACGUUUGGAUCGACGCCGAGGGCUACAUUAAAUUCUCUCGAAUCGCCUUUCGGCUUGUAAACAGAAAUUGAUGAUUUUGGAAGAGGGGAUACGAUUAUUCGAGUAUUAUUAUAGUUGCUAAUAUAUCGAGUGUAUUAUAGUUGAUAAUAUUAUUAUAGUUGCCGAUUGUCAACAACUGCAGCGAUGUGAAUAAUUUUGGAGUCGAAGUAACUUUUACACUUUUAGUGGUACUUAAACAAAUAUUCAACGACAUAUCAUAGUCGUAUGUCUCUAUUCUCUAUUAUUUAAGAAGUGUAUACAAGUAUAGCUUUUUUCUUGGUUUUUCCUGUAAAAGUUACUUUCAGUUUAUAAUUAUUUGCAGCACGAGUCUCUUUCAGUUGAGUCAGUCUGUAUAUUUUAAAAACAAAAACUUAACAAAACACUCAUAUUCGUGUAUUUCUAUAUUAGAAAUAAUAGAAAGUAGAAAUAUAGAAAUAUGAUAUCUCAAGUUUUCGUAUAGAAGUCGGUAGCAAUGUAAAAGUUACUUUGAAUCUAUAAUUGUGCACACCACGGUAUAAAAACGGGCCGCGAGGCUCGAAUGAACGU